AUGGAUGCUGCAACAGCAAAUGCAAGUCACUGGCUUUACAAGAAUUAUCAUAUUGAGUUUGUCGAUGUUCAACAAAUAUCCAGUGAGUUGGAUACAUCAGAUAAUGGUAUGACCAGUGAACUACCCAGCCAACUAGCAGUACAGUUCCAGGCACAUGGACACAAUGUCCAGUUGAAAUUGGUGAGAAAGCAGGACAUCACUUUGGACAUUCCAUUCUGUAUAUUUGAAAACAACGAAACAGUUUGCAAUAUGGACAACAAUAUUGAACAGGCCUAUGAUAUAUACCAAGACCCUGAAAAGAUGGCAGCAGUCACUGUGGAAUUAAUUGCACGGAACAAAACCCAAACGCCAGUUCUGAAAUUAAAUGGUGAAUUCAUUAUUGGUGAUGAAUUAUUUGAAAUUGAGUCAGACAAUACAGAAUGGCUGGAAUCACCAAACAAAAACUUCCAUUAUGUCAAACGCAGAUCAAUUUUGAAGGCAGUAAACAAUGGUAAAGUUUUAAAAUCGAAUAUUCCUGAAGAUUUGAAAGAUCGAUAUGGAGUUGAGCUGUUGGUCGUUGUUGGUCAUAGUAUCUAUAAGAAAUUCCUCCAACAGAGCAACAAUAAUUUUACUGAAUCUAUCAAAAGAAUUCGUUAUUAUUUUUCCCAUGUUGUUAAUUCUAUUGAUUUUAGAUAUGCCAAUAUUGGAUUAAGAGAUUUUGAGGUCUAUGUACGAUUAUCUGGGUAUUUACUCAUAAAAAAUGCUUCCAGUACACCAUUCAUAACGAAUUCCCUCAAACGUGUCAACAACACCUACAAGUUAAAUGGUACAACAGCAUUAGAUGGACUAAAACAGUUCUUGGGAUCUCAAAAGGAUUAUCCCAAUUAUGACCAUGCCAUGAUGUUUACAGAUUAUGAUGCCUUCCACCCAAGGAAGAGAAUUCUUGGAACCACAUAUGCAUCAGGUAUCUGUACAACCAAACACGUUUCUCUGGUGGUUGAUCAUGGGGCAUAUACAUCUGGUGGAACAGCAGCACAUGAACUGGCUCACAAUUUAGGUGUUGUUGACCACGAUGGAGAAGGAAAGGCCAAGAACUGUCCUCCAGAGAGGCACCACAUAAUGUCACCUUCAAUAGGGAUACUCAGUAAUACCACUAAGGGCUAUGGCUUCAAGUUUUCAGACUGUUCUGUACAGCAGUUAAGAGAAAGUUUGAAGGAUUUAGAUGAAAGUGGAACGAAUUGCCUCAACAAUGAAGCUUUCAUCAACAAUUCAACCGAUUUCUCAGGCAGUAUGGAAACAUUACCAGGAGAAGUACACAAUGUCCACGACCAAUGUAGACAGAUUUAUGGACCCGAUUCAUUCAUGUGUCCUCCUGCCUAUCCAUCACAGAUCUGUUACAAAAUGAUGUGCUACGUCCCUUCAACCAGUAAGUGUGUAACUGAAAGUGGGUUAAGAGCAGCAAUCGGCACACCCUGUGGACAUCAAAAGGGUUGUUAUUUUGGAAACUGUUUGGCAAAUAUAUCACAACAAUUAGUUGCAGAUGAUUGUCCCUAUCCAGACCUUCCAUAUCUCGUUAACUGUAAAUUAGCCUCUCCUCUUAUGUGUAACAAUACAGAAUUCUACAGACGAUGCUGUACUUCAUGUAACAAAGAUUUCACAAAAGAGGAUCUGUGCAAAGAUGUCCCAGUACGUAUCUUGUCAAAAUUCAAUUGCAGCCAGUUCUUGCUGCAUCAUGGCCUGAUUCAAUGCACCAAGAAAUUAAAGCGUGUUUGCUGCAGAUCUUGUGAAGAGCUGCAGAAUGAUCCAGCAAGAGAACCAGCUCCAACUGAUUCCUGCGAGGAUGACGAAUAUGUUGAAAUUAAUAAUCUAAGGUGCUCCAAGUUUGUUGUAAUGUAUGGCAAGAAGGCAUGUGCCAGGGAUGACAUCAGGGACGCAUGUUGUGCCAGUUGUCGAAGAGCAGAUCUGCUCACUGGUGGCACCAACAGUAAAACAGCGAAAGGGGUGGUGGAGUAAACAAAGAAUUUAUGCCAAGUGACACUAUGGAUGACAGGAAACUAAUGUCAGCAGCAUUGGCACCAACUUCACUGACAACAGACAUCAAAAUGUACCAAUAAACAUAUUAUCAUCACCACCACCACCAUCAUUAGUCACUAUAACCACCACUACAGCUACAUAUAACACAGACACACACACAUACAGAUAUAGGUUGGUUGAAUAAACAGCCACAAACUCAAUACAUAAGUUUCUUUAUAUUUUUAUUAAAAAUACUGUAUCAUCAAAA